AUGAGCCAGACAAAAGAGGAUAAGAGUGAUUCAGAAAAUGAAUCCAGCAGCGGGAGCAAGAGCGGCUCAUCUUCCGAAUCGGAGAGUGAAUCCGGAUCGGGUUCCUCCAGUUCGAGCUCGAGUGACAACGAGCAAACCAAUGGUCGAAAUGCUUCUAACCGCGACACCAGCGGAACGGCGUCUUCGGCCACCAAUAACAUCUCCAACAGUAGUGACACAAAUCGGAAUUCUACAGCCGAAAAUGGCCUAGCGGACAGCAAAUCCAGCAGUAACCAUCACGGCGUGGAAGACGAGGAUGAAGAUGAUGACGAUGAUGAUCAGCAAGAUGAGGAUGAGGAGGACUCGGAUGACCAGGUGUCAGUGAACAAGGAUCGGAGAAGCGCUGGCGCGAACCAUCACUCUUUGCAGGCGACAAGUCAGGGCAACCGGGCACGAUCGGAUUCUGAGAAUCCGGGUAAAAAUGCAUCCAAUCAUCAUAACAGCGAUUCGGAUAACAGUGCCAGCAAACCAAGCAAUGUCAGCCGGCAUAGCGAGGAAGUGGACGACGACGAUGAGGAGGAUGAUGAUGACGAGGACGAGGAUGAGGAUGACGAUACGUCCAAAGCGAGGCAGCGGCUGGGAGCAACUGCCGCAUCAGUUCCUGCACCCCUGGAGGACGAAGAGGAGGAAGACGAGGACGAUGAGGACGACGAAGAACCACAGCAUUCGUCAAAAAGCAGCUACGAUGACGAGGACUACGCUGCCAACAAACUGAGGCGAAAAAGUGCUCGUAAGAAAGCUGUUGCUGCUGCACGGAAGCGUCCCACCGCUCAAACGGGCUCCAAGGCAUCAAAAAAGAAGAAAAGCUCGAAGAACCGUUGGAAGUCGGACACCUCGGAGAGUGAUGCAAGCGACGGUGAUUCAGAUGACUCUGGUGAAAAGCGCUACCGGCGGAAACCGACCGCUGCCAGCAAAAAGCGGCCCACUCCGGCUGCCGCUGCCUCGGCCGCCAAAGCAAAGGCCAAAAAGAAGAAAGCCAGUAACGCGUACAGCUCGGAUGAAGCGAGUAAUAGCGACGAUGAUCGGAAGCGAUCGGCGACGAGGAGGAAAAAUAACACCGUCAGUUACAAGGAAGAGAGCGGGGACGAACCGACGGACAGCGAUGACCUGUUGGAAAUGGACCAGGAGGCGGAAGAAGCGGCCGCCGCAGCAGCUGCAGCCGCAGCCGAGGAGGAAAAGGCGGAGACAAUCGAGCGAAUCCUUGGGCGGCGAAAAGGACGACGGGGAGCGACCGGUGCCGUGACGACGGUCUACGCUAUCGAAGAGAAUGGUGACCCGAACGAGAUUGGAGGGGACGGCGUCGGGCACGAACGGGAGGAACAAUUUCUCAUCAAGUGGACGGGUUGGUCGUACCUGCAUUGCACCUGGGAGUCGGAGGAGACGCUCAAGGAGCAGAAAGUUAAGGGCAUGAAGAAGUUAGAAAAUUACAUCAAACGCGAGCAGUCACUGGAGUACUGGCGUAAGCACCAGGCCGGUCCCGAGGACAUCGACUACUACGAGUGCCAACAGGAGCUGCAGCAGGAUCUGCUGAAGAGCUACUAUUUCGUCGAGCGCAUUAUCGCGCAGGUGGAAAAGACGGACGAAGGGGGCACGGGAUUGGAUUACCUGUGCAAGUGGGAAUCGCUUCCGUAUUCCGAUUCGACGUGGGAGGACGCGAGUCUCAUCCGGCGCAAGUGGCAAAAGAAGAUCGUGGAGUUUCACGAACGCGAGGAAUCACGCCGGACCCCAUCGAAGCACUGCAAAGCUAUCCGGUAUCGGCCAAAUUUCAAGCACCUUAAAACGCAACCCGAAUAUUUGGGUGAGGAACGGGGAUUGAAGCUACGCGAUUACCAAAUGGAUGGGCUGAACUGGUUGAUACUCACGUGGUGCAAGGAGAACUCGGUCAUUCUCGCGGACGAGAUGGGCUUGGGCAAAACGAUCCAGACGAUCUGCUUUCUGUACUAUCUGUUUAAGUCGCAGCAGUUGUACGGACCGUUUCUGUGCGUGGUGCCGUUGAGUACGAUGCCGGCAUGGCAACGUGAAUUCGCUAUCUGGGCGCCUGAGAUGAACGUGGUGACGUACCUGGGUGAUGUGCAGUCGCGCGAGAUCAUCCGGCAGUACGAGUGGUGUUACGACAGUGCGAAAACGCUGAAGUUCAACGCCAUCCUCACGACGUACGAGAUCCUGCUGAAGGACAAGACGUUUCUCGGUUCGAUCGCGUGGGCGUCGUUGCUGGUGGACGAAGCGCAUCGGCUCAAGAACGACGAUUCGCUGCUUUACAAGGCCCUAAAGGAGUUCGAUACGAACCACCGAUUGCUAAUAACGGGCACACCGCUGCAAAACUCGCUCAAAGAGCUGUGGGCGCUGCUGCACUUCAUCAUGCCGGAACGGUUCGUGUCGUGGGAUGACUUUGAGCGCAACUACGGCAACACGACGAACGACAAGUGCUACACGAAGCUGCACAAGGAGCUCGAACCGUACCUGUUGCGGCGCGUGAAGAAGGACGUGGAGAAGAGCCUGCCCUCGAAGGUGGAGCAGAUACUGCGGGUGGAGAUGACCUCGAUACAGCGGCAGUACUACAAAUGGAUCCUGUCGAAGAACUUCGACGCGCUGCGCAAGGGCAUGAAGGGUUCGGCCGGUACGUUCCUCAACAUCGUGGUUGAGCUGAAGAAGUGCUGCAACCAUGCUGCCCUCACGAAUCCCAUCGAGUUCGAAACGCAACGAAACAACCAACACGACGUGGUGCAACAGCUGCUGAAAGGCUCGGGGAAGCUUGUGUUGCUGGAUAAGCUGCUCUGCCGAUUGAAGGAAACCGGCCACCGGGUGCUGAUCUUCUCGCAGAUGGUGCGCAUGUUGGACAUUCUGGCGGAGUAUUUGCAGAAGCGGCACUUUUCCUUCCAGCGGCUCGAUGGUAGCAUUAAGGGCGAGUUGCGCAAGCAAGCGCUUGAUCACUUCAACGCGGAAGGUUCGACCGACUUUUGCUUCCUGCUGUCGACGAGGGCUGGCGGGUUGGGUAUUAAUCUCGCCACCGCGGAUACCGUCAUCAUUUUUGACUCGGAUUGGAAUCCUCAGAACGAUUUGCAGGCGCAAGCCCGCGCACAUCGAAUCGGUCAGAAGAACCAGGUCAACAUCUAUCGGUUGGUGACGGCACAUUCUGUUGAGGAGAACAUUGUGGAGCGUGCCAAGCAGAAAAUGGUGCUGGACCAUCUGGUGAUCCAAAGGAUGGACACGACGGGACGUACCGUGUUGGACAAGAACGGUGGUAGUAACACGUCUAAUCCGUUCACCAAGGAUGAGCUGUCGGCGAUUUUGAAGUUUGGUGCUGAGGAGCUAUUCAAGGAGGAAGACGAUGGUGACGAGGAACUGGUGUGUGACAUUGACGAGAUCCUGCGGCGUGCGGAAACGCGAGACGACGCGCCAAACAUGCCCGGGGAUGAGCUGCUGUCCGCGUUCAAUGUGACCACGUUCGAUUUCGACGAGGAUAACAUGGUUUCCGAUCCGAGACCUGUCGGGAAGGGCAUGAAAGGUACCGGUGCGGACCAGGACCAGGAAGGGAAGGACUGGGACGAAAUCAUUCCGAAGUCGUACCGCGAGUUGGUGGAGGCGGAAGAGCGUGAGAGAGAAAUCAAGGAUCUGUAUUUGCCACCGCGGAGGCCAGCGGUGAAACAGAACGACCAGUAUGGGGCCAACGAUACCGGAAAGGGUGGUAAGGGCAAGAAACGGAAGGCACAAGAUGACGAAAGCGAUGAGGUGGACUCGGACGCCAGUGAUGGUGGUGAGGAUGGCAAAACGAAACGAUCACGUGGUCGGUAUUCAACCAAGGAGAAAAUCGGAGGAUUCUCGGAUGCGGAGCUAAGGCGGCUAAUAAAGAGCUACAAGAAGUUCCCAGCCCCACUGAAGCGACUCGAGGCGAUAGCAUGUGAUGCCGAGCUGCAGGAGAAGCCAUUAUCCGAAGUCCGGAGAGCUGCCCAACUACUGCACGACCGCUGUGUGCAGACGAUGCGGGAAAUUGCGAAAAAGGUCGAAUCCGAUGGUGGCAAGCAUCUGGCGGCUGUCGUUGGAGGAGAUGGUCGGAAAAAAGGCGCUCGGGCCGCAUAUUCGAGCAAGCUCGGCGGAGCGUCGUUUAAUGUGAAAACGCUGAUGCAGUGUGUCGAGGAGUUGCAACCGCUGGAUGAGGUGAUACCGAGCGAUGCCAACGAGCGGGCUCGCUGGACAUUGAACAUCAACACGCGCCCACCCAACUUCGACGUCGAUUGGAACGGGGACGACGAUUCGAGGCUGCUGCGAGGCAUCUACCAGUUCGGUAUUGGGUCGUGGGAAGCGAUGAAGAUGGACCCGUCGCUCGGGCUAGCGGAUAAGAUCCUGUUCAACGAUGCCAGCCGGAAGCCGCAAGGCAAACACCUGCAGUCGCGCGCCGAGUACCUGCUGAAAGUGUUGCGGAAGACGCUCGAGCUGAAGCGUGGUACUUCCAAACCGCGCAAACAGCGCAAACCGAAGGAGCCAAAGCUAACGUCGGUCCCACCGGUCGUUGGGAACAAUCCGGCUGGUUACGCGAACACGGUUGCGGGGGAUUCAUCGAUAACGUGCUCCAUAGCGGCAACGAUAGCUGCGGUGGCGGCAGGAGAAGACGUUGCGCUAGGUGGAAGUGGCCAGCUUGGUGGAGCCGGAAUAACGUCUUCCGGCGGUGGCACUAUGGGAGGAGGGUUGGCAUCGAUGACGACGGUGGCGACUGGUUCGACUGAAGAGAAAAAGACUGGUAGCAAGAUUAAAAAACUGUCGGAAUCGGAUAAUCACCACAAUCACCACAACCAUCACGAUGAGCACUCGAACGGGUCGAAGCCGGUGGAUGAGCACGCCCCACACCACGGUAAGGAGACGGACAAAAAGGACAAGAAAAAAUCGAAGAAAGACAAGCAGAAGGACGCAAAGAAGGACAAGAAAAACAAAAACACAGGUCCGAUGCACUUCACGGCCAAUAACGAACCGUGCGCGUUGAAUAUCCUGGGCGAUCUCGACCCGACCGUGUUCAACGAGUGCAAGGAAAAGAUGCGUCCGGUAAAGAAGGCACUCAAGACGCUCGAUAAUCCGGACGAGACACUGCCGCAGGACGAACAGCUCCGACAAACGCGCGCCUGCCUGCUGAGUAUCGGUGAUCAGAUCAAUCUCUGUCUCGCCGAGUACCGUGACCCGGAGAAAGCGAAGGAAUGGCGCAGCAACCUGUGGUACUUCGUGUCGAAGUUCACGGAGUUUGACGCGCGCAAGCUGUUCAAGCUGUACAAGCAUGCGGUCAAGCGCAGCGAGGGUAUCUCCGUGGACGGCGAGGCUGGCAACGGUGGUGGUGGAGUGAACAACACGUCCGGAACCACCGGUGGCUCGCCGUUAAAAGAGUCCAAAGACGGCCGGGGCAAGAAGGCACAUGGUGGCAAAAAGGACAACGGACACAGUGAGCCCGUGGGCGGGGAUAGUGCCGAUGAUCGAGAAGACGAAAAGUCAGGCUCGCGGCGUGAGCGAAAGGAAAAGAAGCGACAUCAUCACCAUCAUCAUCUGCAUCAUCAUGCCGGUGGCAUCGGGGGCCCGAUUAUGAGCGAUUCGGCGUUGCAGCAAAGAGAACGAUAUCAGCAGCAGCAACAGGCGGCCGCAGGAGGUGACAAUAGCCACCAUGGGCCGGAUUCGGGAACGCCCGUCAAGGACGAUGGUACGGCGCAUUCCAAACGAAGGCUAGAAGAAGGGGAGUACGAUGAAAACAGCAAAGAGUACAAAAGACUGCACGGGGAUAAUCGCAAUCAUCGUGAUCGGGACAAAAAAUGGGAUGAUUACGGCGCCGAUCGCGAUCGGUUACGCAAUGUAUCUUCAUCUAGAGGCGGUGUGCCGACAACCCCGCAGAGUAUGCGUGUUUUUCCGGAUCCAAGGGACGAUCGAGCAGUCGGUUAUCCGGUUGAAGGCGGUGGAUGGAGGGAUAGGUUUAGUGUGGAACACAAGCGCGAUCGAUACGACGGUUAUAGUAACCGACAUCCUGCCUCGGGAUACCAUCGAGAGCGGGAACGUGAUCGAGAUAGGGAUCGGGAUCGCGAACGAGAUCGUGAUCGGGAUCGUGAGCGAGAUCGAGAACGGGAUCGGGAUCGUUCCGAUCGUGCAUACAAGGAUAAGCGAAGGUAUCCUCCCUCCGGUUCGGGAAGUUAUGCUGGAGCCCACGGAUACGGCAUGUCACCGUCGGCGGGCUAUUAUCCUCCCGGCGAUAGUCCGUAUCGAUAUCCGAUGGGUGGCGGAGGCUAUCCUCCUUCUUCGAGACCUCCCGGUGGUGGGCCACCCGUUCCUUUGGUACCCACCGGAAGUGCUGUCGUUGGUAGUAGCGCCGCCUCUGUGGGUGGUGGUGGUGUUUCGACACCGGCGGAUUAUCUAGACUACCGGCGCACGGACUACGAGCGAAGGCCCCCACCAGCGGCAAACAAUUGAAACUUAAGAUGCGGUUUAAUUCCAUUUGAAAAACGGAUGGACUACACUCAGGUGCUGUCUCACGCUGGCCGGGAAAGACAGACGUGUACAUACAUAUAGGUAGAUGAGAAUGAGA